UGAGAAUGGACGGAAAUUAAACCCAUCACUGGCUUUCUAGUCAUUUUCCCCAUGAGCGUAUUGAAACGAACAACAAGGUCAAGAGAAAUGGACACUGCAUUCUCAGUGAUUAGUCUCCAAACCUCUUCUGACAUCCUCCUGCAGUCCUUUGCUCUGCCCUGAGGGGGAGAUGACAAAGGAGGAUGUUUCAGAGCCUGUCGAGGGAGACACUGUGCUGGGCUGGGCCUCUUCCCAUCAGCGGCCGGUUAUCCACCAGGUGGCCUCUGCACCCAUGCCCAGUGACUGUGAGUUCUCCUUCUUUGACCCCAGUGAACCACAGUGCAGAGAGGUUCUUUUGGAUCCCAGCACCACCAUUCCAGAGCUGUUCGCUGUCCUCAGGCAGUGGGUGCCUCAGGUCCAGAAGAACAUCAACCAUAUCGGCAGUGAGAUCCUAAAGAGAGGUUGCGGUGUGAAUGAUCGAGACGGCCUGACAGAUAUGUGCCUCUUGCACUACUGCUGCAAGGCUGGAGCCCCUGGCAUCGGUGAUGCAGAGACAGCAGCCAGCUUCGCUCGCCAGCUCCUUGCCAUGGGUGCUGAUCCCAACCUUCGCUCACGCUGGACUAACAUGAGGGCCCUGCACUACGCUGCCUACUUCGACGUGCCGCAGCUUAUCCGGGUGGUGUUGCAGGCCUCCCAGCCUGGAGCGGUAGAUUCCACCUGCAGUGACUUCGACUUUGGCACCGCCCUGCAUAUCGCUGCGUCCAACCUGUGCAUGUCAGCUGUGAAAUGUCUGUUGGAGCUGGGUGCAAACCCUGCUUUCAGGAAUGAAAGAGGGCAGUGUCCAGCAGAUGUGGUGCCUGACCCUCUCGACAUGCCCUUGGAGAUGGCAGACGCAGCCGCCGUGGCCAAAGAGCUCCGGACAUUGCUGAGGCAGGCUUUACCCAGACCCAGCUCCCCUCUGCCCCUCACACUGCGAGCCCAGCCUCUCCCUGCCCUCUCCGACAAGGCCAGGAUACAGCUCGCCACGAUGGGAAUCCGACUAGGCGACUGCGUGGUGAUUGCUGGACAGAAGGUUGGAACCUUGCGAUUCUGCGGCAGCACUGAGUUCUCAGGAGGCCUCUGGGCCGGAGUGGAGCUGGACAAACCAGAGGGGAAGAACGACGGCUCAGUCGCAGGGGUUCAGUAUUUCACCUGUCGAAUGAAACAUGGAAUCUUUGCUCCCCUCUCAAAGAUAAGCAGACCUUCGGAAAAACAUAAAGCCAGCACCACAAAGACGUCUACACCCAUACGCCCCCCUCGUCGCAUUGACCUGUCCCGCAUCACCUCCAAGAUAAACACAGGUAUUCUCUCCCGGUCUCUCUCCUCUUCGUCCUCUUCGCUGGACUCUCGGCAUGGCCCCGGUGCCCGACCUCCUCCGCUGCCAAGGCAACGUCUUCCUGCCAGGCCGCGAAGACAGCGCGCUUCCCUGAGUCCCAGGACCACGCCCUCACCGGCCCUCCGCUCUUCACCCGAUACCACUGCACUUAGUACCGCAGGUCUUCGAAGCCGAACCCCCUCUGCGAGUAGCUCUGUGUGUGUGGGCCCUGAGGUGCGCCUGGGGGAGAGGGUGCUGGUGGUCGGCCAGAGAACCGGUGUAGUCCAGUUUUAUGGAAAAACCAGCUUUGCUCCAGGGCUCUGGUUGGGCAUUAAACUGGACAAGCCAAGCGGUAAGAAUGAUGGAUCAGUGGGAGGAGUGAGGUACUUCAGCUGCCCACCAAAACACGGCGUCUUUGCUCCUCCGUCUCGUGUGCAAAGGAUCCAUGGAUCUGUCGAUUGUCUUUCAGAGCUCUCCUCCUCACGCCUCAGCCAUCCUGUCAACGGGACAAUCCGUCGCAGUUUCAGCACAUCAUCAGCCAUCGCCGCCCCGAAGGAGACGAGCAGAAGGAGCCCUGUUACCAGAAGUCGUUCCAACCCUCACCGUCGGCGCUGGAGCACCCUCAGCAGCGGCAGCGGCGUUCCCGGGAACACCAGAGGGUCCAGCCCCUCGCCCGGCUCUGUCGGACAGGUCUGCCUCCACGUGGGCAUGCAGGUCCUGCUCAGCAGCGCCAAUGAGAUGGCGUUCAUCCGUUACCUGGGCACAGCAGACUUUGCCCCGGGGCUUUGGCUCGGUCUGGAGCUCCGAAGCCCCAAGGGCAAGAAUGAUGGCUCAGUGGGCGGCCGCCGUUACUUCACCUGUCGGCCCGGCCACGGCGUGCUGGUCCGCCCCAGCCGCGUCACCUACCGCGGCAUCAACGGCUCUCGCCUGGUGAAUGAAAGCAGCUGAGGACUGUGGGCGAGAUGGAGAUUUUGAUUUUCCUUUUACGAUGUUUUCAGUUGAAGUUUGAAGCUUCCUGCUCCUUUUUGCAUCACACGUUAUUUUCUCAUUCAUGUACUUCGUUCUCUGUGCUCUUCCAGAGGCGGUGUGAGUCACAGCGAUAAAACCACUUAUCAAUAGGUCAAAAUUUAGACUACUAGAGUUAGUUUUUGGAAAAAUGUUGGAGGCAAAGAAAGCACUUUAUAGAAUUUGUUUGAAAUUCUUCAAUUAGAAUUUGUAUUGGCGGGGCAAACAGGAUGUAAAACACUGCACUAAUAUUAAUGCAAUUGCACUGACAAACAGUAUGAUAUAUCGGAUAAGAUAAAGUGGAUGGUAUGGAUGUGCACACAAGGAAAACUAUUUCUAUACCCAAAGCUAAUUUUGAUCACAGCAAAUAAAGAUUUUUAUCAGAAAACUUAGGUGGUAAUGUAGCCUACUCUCUAACCAAAAGUGUGCAUGUGUCUGUGAUUCUAUGCGUGCGUGCAUGUGUCUAUUAAGAGCACUUUGAAGCAAGAGAGACUGAUUAUUUUUUUUCCUGGGUCGUCAUCUGACUUACAGAUAAUUGACGGGAGUUGAGUCCAAACUGCAUUUUCACUUUAUGAAUCAAUGUGAAUUAAGUAAGAUUUAAUUACGCAUAGAUAUCUUAUCAGCCUCCAUCAGAGUGCAGCUGCAUCAGCAGAGGAUGCUUCCUCCUACGAACAUCAGUCUCUGCCACAGACUGUGAAGCCUACGCAAAUCAAUGAUGGUUAUGUUGUGUGCAUUGUUGAGGCAGUGAUGUAAAGUAUGUACACAGCCUAUGAAAUAGGUUCCCCUUCAUACAUAUAUAUUAACUUGAGCGGUGAACACUCUUGACGAUCGAAGCCUGAUUAUAAACCUGACUGAAAACUUUCGGGGUCGAGGAUUCGACCCUCUGUCCUCCUGACCGAGCGUCCGACAUGUCCGAGCUGUCACAGCGGUGUCACAGUUUCAUUUAUUUCAACGUGAUUUUGAAAAAAUCUGAAUGUGAUCCUGUAAUUUGGAACGGCACCCGUUGUGUCAGACCUGACAGCUCAUCAUUGCAUUUGUCGACCAGAUUUCAGAGCUUUGGACGCGGCACAUUGUAUUUGCAAUUAAAGCAGCUUGACACUGGAAAUAUGCAAUCGUCCAGAAGUUUCAGGGAUAGAGUUUGCUGUUUGAUUAGAGUCGUCUGGGCAACUCAGUAGAGAACAAGCCAUCGAUUGUGCGUGUGAAAAAACAAGCCCGCUAUUCAGUAAAACACUCAUGUAUCAUCCAAUUAGGUUGUGUAGGCCCCAACUGAGGCUGUAGAAUCUUGAAUGGCCUUCCCUCAUUGAUCUGUCUGGUCAGGCCCCCUGUGAUUGAAAAGCAGCGGUGGUCAGGUCCGAGCCCAAGGUUGUCUGAAAUAUCCACAGAUCUGAGAUGAAACGGGGGAGCGUUUUAAAAGCGCAGCAUUUAUGAAACAUUUGGAACAACACUUUCUUCUUUAAAAAUAGCUUCUCAUCUGCAUUAAGGCCAUCUCUGUGAUCAUUUCUGUGGCAUUUGUAAGUGUUCCACAUUUCACAUCUUCUCUCAGUCCCAAAUGUAUUACAGCAUGAGUGACUACAAACUCCACAGUGGGUAUGGAAGUUUUUUGGCGCUGUGUUCUUGUGGGUCAUAGAUGAUGAUAGAUUGUUAUUUCAUGAAACUCCAGAUAUGUGUAUUUGAAGUAUGUGUGUGGAAGAGGGAUUCGGUCCGAUGCAUUUACAUGUCGUGGAAAAUAACAGUAUUUGUAAACAAUAAAAUAUUCUA